AUGUCCGGAUUAAACCUCUUCUCAGAACCUGGCUUUCUUCUGCCGGGAGUUGAGAUCCGCGUCCCGGGAGGCAAGGAGGUCGGCGGCAGUUCCUUCUCCACGGCCUACGUGGCUGGCCUGGCCGCGGUGAUGCUUUGCUUCCUGCGGGCGCACCUGGAGCUCAGAGGCGAGAAGCUGGAGCGGCAAAGGCGGCUGGAAUUCGCCAAGUCCAUUGACGGCAUGAAGACCAUUUUCAAGCUCUUGGGCAGAAAGGAUGCAAGCGACAGGACAGAGGGAGGGUUGUUCCCCCGGCCCCAUCUCAAAUUUGAAGGUGGGGCUAUUGUGGGGACCUGCGGUUCCAUUGCGGACCGCCGGUUAAGGGAGGAGUCAUUCGUGCUGUCCUGCUGGGCGGUCGCAUCAUGUGCCCAGACGUGA